CUACACCGUAUAUCUAAAUAUAUAUAUAUAUAUAUAUAUAUAUAUAUAUGUGCCAAGCCUUUUUCGUUGGUACAUUGCUUUAACCAAUACCGUCGACAUGGGGUUGUUCAAGGCAGAAGGGGCGGUGUACAAGCCCGUGGAGCAGCUCGAUCUCGGCGGUGGCAACCAUGAAUUUUAUCUCAAAGCCAACGUUAAAGCUCCGCGCAUGGCUGGAUUGUUGGUGAAAAUCUUCGCAUGGUUUCUAGAGUCGAGGAUAUUGGGACCAUUGCUGUUGUCGAUACUGAAGAGAAACAAUUUGAUUAACAAGCUCGUAUCGAAUGCAGAGCUAGUAGAGGAACCCCUUUACGUUCCCCAGCAUCCUUUUCAAGAACUUAAAGAGGAACAAGUAAAAGAGAUUGAUUCAGAUUCGUCUCCACCUGAACGAGUUCAUCAUGCAAUCAAUUGUCUGCCUCCAACCCUCUCAGAAUCAGAGAAAUCAAAACCUCAUUUCCGUCGUUGGACAAUAUUGGAUUAUUCAAGAGCUUAUAGUUGUGGAGAAAUAACGCCCCAAAUGGUUGCACAGCGGUUUAUAGCUGGUGUACGUGAGACUUCCAGUCGUAAUAUGUCCUUUUUCAUUAACUACGAUGAUCAUGACAUUCUAAGGCAGGCCGAGGAGUCUACUCUUCGAUAUGAAAAAGGAGAGCCAAUAUCAGCUUUAGAUGGAGUCCCAAUUGCAAUCAAGGAUGAAAUAGAUUGUUCUCCAUAUCCAACUACAGGAGGUACAAAGUGGCUGCAUAAGUUUAGACCCUGUACAGCUGAUGCCUGCUGUGUAAAGCGUCUAAGAAUGUGUGGUGCUAUUCUUGUUGGAAAAACUAAUAUGCAUGAGCUAGGGGCUGGAACUAGCGGCAUAAAUCCACACUAUGGGGCCACUAGAAAUCCAUAUGAUCCCAACAGAAUCUCCGGUGGUUCUUCCAGUGGAUCUGCUGCAGUGGUAGCCGCAGGACUGUGCCCUGCCGCUCUCGGCGUUGAUGGGGGAGGAUCCGUGCGGAUGCCUGCAGCUCUUUGUGGUGUUGUUGGCUUCAAACCAACUUUUGGGCGCAUUCCUCAUGCUGGUGUUCUUCCUCUAAACUGGACUGUGGGAAUGGUUGGAAUACUAGCGGCCACAAUUGAGGAUGCAUUUAUUGUUUAUGCUGCAAUUAAUGGCCAACUCCCAUCAAAUCAGCCCUCCAGUUUACACCCUAAAGUUUAUUUUCCUCUGCUCAAGCCCAAGAAUAUGAUACCAAAUAUCACAUUUGCAAAGUAUGGAGAGUGGUUCAAUGAUUGCAGUGACAUUAUCAGAACAUGUUGCUCCAAUGCUCUGGACCAACUUUGUGAGCACUAUCAAUGGAAGACUCUAGAGGUUACCAUACCAGAUAUAGAGGCGAUGCGGCUAGCUCAUUACAUGACAAUUGGAUCUGAGUGUAGCACUUCACUGGCUACAUAUCUGGAAAAGCUGGAUUAUGCAGAGUUAGGAUGGGAUGCAAGAGUAGCACUUAGCGUUUAUGGUUCUUUCAGCGGAAAAGAGCAUAUAAAGGCCCAGAAAAUGAGGAGUCGUCAGAUGCAAAUUCAUAACAAUAUCUUUACUAAGGCCGAUAUCAUAGUUGCACCAACUACAGGUGUAACUGCAUACCCAAUUUUUGAUGAUGCUCUGGAGACUGGUGAACUUGACUACAUAAAUGGAGCUGCACUGGUUCGAUAUCAGAUAGCGGGAAAUUUUCUGGGAUUGCCUGCAGUAACAAUUCCUGUUGGAUAUGACAAGGCUGGAUUGCCUAUUGGUAUCCAGUUUAUUGGCAAGCCAUGGUCUGAACCAACUUUGAUUCACAUUGCAUUUGCCAUGCAGGCCCUGCGUUUAUCAGAGUACAAAAAACCUAAGGUCUUCUAUGAUCUACUUGCUCCAUAAGGAAUGAUCAGAAGUAGAGCAGGCACGAUUCCAAUUUAUCCAAGGGACAAUUUAUAUAUAAAAAUGUGUUAUGCAAUCUAAACUGCACAAUUUAAAUCAUUGAAGACUGAGAUUGGUGGAUGUCUUAUUCAUCCAAUGGUUAUUGUUUUGCAUGUGUGACUGCAAAAUAGAGCACUCAUUUAUAAAUAUCAUUAUUUCUCUGUCUCCUGAUGAAAAUCAUUAAAUGAUGUAACCUUUU